UUUGAAAUAGACCAGAGGCUGAUCAAGGCCAAAGACCAGGCAGAUAAGAUUUACUUUAUCAUAUCUAUUUUCGAGAUUGAGUACCAAAUGUUUUACAAGCUCAUCAAAGAGCUCAUCCUUGAAAAGCCAGAAGAGGGUAAAUAAUAGCGAAGAAGCCAAGAUCCCAGAAAGAUUAUAAGGAAAGUUGACCUCAUGCUUGAGAAAGAGACUGAAAUAAUUCAGGAAAUGAUCGAAAAACAACUAGAGAAAGAUACACUUGAAAUUUUAGAGUCUUUUCAUACAGUAUUUGAUUAUUUCUACGGUCUCUUUGUUGAUGUCAGAUUAGAGUUUCUCAAGCAACCAGGUAUUGGGGAAGAAAUUGAGAGAAACACUUCAGAGUCUCAGAAAGGAGAGAUUAUUGGUUUCAAAUCACUAUUUGAAAAGCUUCAGAAUGCCACCCCUAAGAAAUCAAUCAUUUUUGAUAUCCUGGUAACUGAGCACCUAUCGAAUCUUAUUGUCCAAAAUUAUGAUAUUAUGACUGUUACAUUACAAAAUAUGCAUGACUAUUACAAAAACUGGAAAAAUGUCACUAAGGUAGCGAAAGAAUAAUUCAAAUAUUAAUAGUUUCAAC